AUGGCAAAGACAAAAUCAAGCCUGAAGCUGACGUCGCUUUUCGACAUUCGUUUGAAGAACUUGGAACACGACGUGCUCGUGUUGAAGGGUAACGAGAACGAUGCUGGUUCCAGUUUUUUGAACGGAAACAUCUUGCUUUCUGUUACCGAACCAAUCAACAUCAAAAAGAUCUCCUUGCGCUUGUAUGGAACCAUCCGGUUGAAAUACGGCGAUAUAAACCCCAUCAAAGGUGGUGCACCCAAGCCUUCCCGGUUCGAGAAGAAAAUAUACGAACAUCAGUGGGACAGUAACGAGAUCUCGAAGUACAUGAAUAACAUGUACGAGAACUCAGUGGGUGCCAGCGGAACGACAUCUCCGCCUCACGAAGGUUCCAGACUGCCAUUGGCCAUGGCCAAAUCGUCAUCCAUGAAGGGCUCCACCACGUCGUUGAAGAAUUUAGGUUUGUCAUUCAGAUCGAAAUCUUCGACGUCAUUAUCCCAGCAUGGAUCCAGCACCAACCUCGCCCAUUCAUCUUCAACAUCGAGUUUAAAUCCCAAAAACGGCCACGUCCUUGUUCUGGGAAACUAUGAGUUCCCGUUCAGUGCCAUCUUACCCGGCAACAUGCCCGAAUCUGUCGAAGGUUUGCCUGGUGCUAGUGUGGUUUAUAAGAUCGAGGCCACCAUUGACCGUGGAAAGUUUCACAAUACCAUGGUCACCAAAAGACACGUGCGUGUGGUUAGAACUUUGACUACAGAUUCUGUCGAGCUCUCAGAGACCGUGGCUGUCGAUAAUACUUGGCCCAAAAAGGUGGAAUACUCAUUGAGUGUUCCUUCCAAAGCUAUUGCCAUCGGUUCAGGUGUUCCCAUCAGUUUCAUGCUAGUUCCUCUCUUGAAGGGCCUCAGAUUGGGUAACAUCAAGAUCCAAUUGGUAGAGCUCUAUUCAUUUGUUGGCUACAUUCCUCCCGCGCAUACAUCAGAGAGAAUUGUAGUGGAGAAAUCAUUACCUGCGCCAAAGGAGGACGAUCCUCACUACCAGAUUGACAGAUGGGAGGUUACAUCUUUCCUCAAGGUUCCUCCUAGUUUGUCCAAGUGCACCCAAGACUGUGACAUUCUUACCCAUAUUAAAGUUCGUCACAAGUUGAAGUUUGUGAUUGGGUUGGUCAAUCCCGACGGCCACACCUCCGAACUCCGAGCCUCAUUGCCCGUGCAAUUGUUCAUUUCGCCAUUUGUAACUGUCAGGGCUAGAGCAGAUGACGAAGACAUUGAUUCUGCUUCAGUAGACAGAGACAUACAUGGAGAUGAAGAGGAGGAGGUGUUAUUUGAAGCAGACCCCAGUAACCUGGCCGCCACCGGAAUGUCGCACGCUGAAAGCCAAGAGAGCGGAGUGUUGCAUUCCAACAAUCACUCGUAUUCCUCGUUCACUGGCCUUGUGGCUCCUCCUGUUUACGAACAACAUGUCUAUGACCAACUUUGGUCCGAUGUGACGCCAAUCGACUCUCCUUCCACGUCAGGAUCCGCCACACCACGCUCUAUUGCUAGUGGAAGAGGCAACGAUGUGCUGCAGUUCUCAAUGUCAAGUAUUGAUACAGCAAAGUUGACUGAGAACUUGAGACAGUUGAGCAUCCAGAGGCAGUUACAAGAAAACUUGGAAAGUGGCAGAAACUCUUCUGCUGCAUCUGUUUUACGCGACAGAGCCGUGUUCAACCUUAACGGAGACGAAGCAGAAGGCGACUACUUCUCCAAGGGCCGUCCAGUUCCUAACAGACAGGGUACUCUGACUCCUGGAGGAUCUCACAUGGCAUACAUCCCUGCCACACCAGGAAUCAUGUCUCCUCCAUUGCAUUUGUCGCGUGCUGGCUCAGAAACUGACUUGACACAGACAGACAUGUCCCGAGUUCCCUCAUACAACGAGGCAAUGAAGAGUAGUGUGGACGAUACGCUUUCUCCCACGUACAUACCACCACAGCCAGGUUCGGGAAUCAACAUCGAAGAGGUGAACCGCAGAUUCGAAGAACAUGCAUCGCGGUCCCCACCAGCUAACAACCUUUCCCGUAACAGACUGUUCUUGUCUCGUGGAUCCAGCUCCUUCAACUUGAAGAACAUGUCACGGUCGUCGUCCAACAAUUCCUCGCCAUCGAACUCACGCAGUGUUUCAGGCAACAACUUGUCGAGCCUCUCUGGUGAUAACGGAGGACUGUCGUCUAAGAGAUCUACUACACGGACCACCGGGUCAGCUACGUUUUCAAUGACACCAAUGUGA